AUGCACAAUAAACGAAAUUUUAGGAGCAAUUCUAAAGAAACAAAGAACAUUCCAGAUGAAUUAAGUACAACUGUGAAUAAAUUGAUGAGUAAGAUGCUUUGUUUAAGAAAAAGACAAGUAAACAAACCGACCCAGCUAGAAGGUGGGACAAUAUCCGCAUUUAAUGAUGUGCUGGACCAUCCGGAACCAGAUAAGGUGUUAGAUGUACAGUUGCUAACACUGGAUACUAUAGUGGGUGGGCGCUGUAUUAUCAUAGAUGGACUAAAAGAAAUAUUUUGGAGGGGGAAAAAUAAUGCUGCUGGAAUAAGCGAUGAUGGUGAAGAAAUCUGCGCCGGAAUCGUAGGUGUUGUCGAACUAGCAGCAGUUGAUGGUAAAACGAAAGAAUCCAUAUGGAAGCUCGAUAGCCAUGAUUUCUUGGAGUCCAGCGAAGCAGUAGUAAACGCGCGCAGCGAAUUCAAUAGUUCUCUUUCUCCUCUGAAGAGGUCAACAAUUCAAAAGCAAAAGAAUAAGGCAAAUUUCUUCGGCAAAUUUCCGGAGAUGAAACCGGAAACAGGAAGAUGUGAGAAAAUCCGGGAGCGAUGA